CAAGAGUUAAAUGUAUGGGAACGAUGGUUUCCCAAAUGUUCGAGAGUCGCAAAAGUCUGCCAGACUGCGACGACCACAUGACCCUCGUGGUUGGCCAGGACUUCGGCGCCAUGGGAUCCAUUAAGAGUGCUGGGAUUUGCUACGACAUUGUUGGGCUUGAGCUCAAGUACGUCAGCUACACGGCAUCUCCGACCAAGAACAGGAUUAUUGAGAAGGUGCAAUUGGGACAGCUGAAUGACCUGGAACUGGAUAUCAACGUGGCAUACACCACAAGUCUUUUCAAGGCCGUCAGUCCGGGGGCAAUUGAGGUGUACUUGGGGCAAGACAAGCAGCUCAAGCAGCUGCUGGGCGGAGUGGCGUUCGAGUACACCAGCCUGGUGCAGGAUGCAGCUAUUGGCAGUCAGUUGGCUGGCUAUGAAGCUAUGCUCAGUGUCGUGUGGCUGCGCACCUUGCGCACCGGCAACUGGAGGCAUUGGCUCAAUGCCCUGCAGGCGGCCAGCGGUCCAGCCGGAUCCAAGUUCGACAUUCGCCUGGGUGUUUCGGGUCAACUUGCAUUGCCGCUGAUGCGUGAGUGCAACGCCAGCCGAGUUCUCAGCAUCGAUUUGGACAGCGGCAGCGCGCUGACAGUGCCCGCCCACAUCUGGGCCCAUGUGCGGGACCUGCAGCCGACUGGCAAGCCGCAGGACGAGUUUGUCGUAAUCGGCCACAACUCCCCGUUUUUCAGGGGCGAGGACUUGAACGACUUCUGUCCCACCAUGUGCGACCAGGUGGCUUGGUUGAAGAACAGUCUGUUUGGCAGUCUGCGUGACUAUCCCGCCUAUGGCCUGGUGCAAUGCUGCCACGUCCAGGAUGUGGCCCACAAGUUGGAUAACUUUCCCGGCGCAACUGCAGCCGAGGGUACUGUUCCCUCAUCCACUGCCACUCCCACUCCCACUCCUGCGGCAAUCCCAAUCCGAGGAGAUUGGCAACUAAUUCCAAUGCCCACAGCAUACAAAAAUAUUACAAAAUGUCAAAAUGUUCGCAUACUUUAACAAAAUUUCGUGUAUAAUUCCACAUCAUUUUCUUCUUCUUUAAUCGAAUGAACUCGAAUAAUAUUUUAUUAAUUGUG